AUGCGUCUCUCGGUGCUCAAGGCGGCCCACAGCGCGACGCGCGACCGGUUGAUAGCGACACAGACGGAGCUGCGUCGGCUGCAGCGCGAGAUUGCUCUUGUCGAGUGCAAGACGCUGCCGCAAGUGCCCCAGUACAGGUUCGGCUCAAGUGCUGAGGUUACAUCCCCGCACGAGGCGUACGCUGCCUUCCAAGAGCGCACGGAAGCAACUGCACGCUUCGCGGCCAUGCAAGCCGUCGUGGCCCAGCUACAGCAGAACCAAGCCGCGCUCGAGAAAGAUCAUGGCGAGUUGAAGAUGAAAGUAAACCGACUCUCGGCGGCGCUGGAUCGACCGAUCGCGUAG